GGCUGAGCACUUCGCCAGUCUGAAACAGUUUUCUGAUACCAAUAUGCACCCCACACUAACCUUCGGUCUGAUGGCCGUCCUGGCUACGAUAACCGGCUGUCAUUGCCUUUUGGAAAAGAAACUGGUGAAGGACUUGCUAAACGAUUACGAUACUAACGUCAUACCAAUUACUGCGGAGGAACCCUUAGUUACUGUAGACCAUGGCUUGACAGUGAUUUCAAUCCGAAAAUUUGAUCGUCACCUGCUUGAGCUCAAUACGUGGUCAUCGAUGAUGUGGAUUGAUCCAUCUUUGAAAUGGGUCCCAUCAAAGUAUAACAACGUGAAUAUGGUCAGUGUUUUCCAUGAUCAAGUAUGGAUUCCGGAUGUCACUACGUACAACACUUACCAUCCUGAACCAAUUAUGAAGGACAUCCGUGUUGCUAUUAAAGACAAUGGUCUGGUAAUUUUUGUACCACAAACUAAAACGGUGUUGACCUGCAAGGUUUCCACGGAUGCUGAAGAGGUAUACACGUGUCAUGUCAAGCUGGGAUCCUGGACAUACUCUGGUAACAAGAUGGACCUGGUCAAUAGCGGCGGUAUUGUUGACAUGUCCGAGUACUCCGUUGAUGAUGACUGGGUUAUAACCAACACAACUGUCGUUCGCAAUGUAGAUACCUAUAGCUGCUGUACUGAGUCUUACAUUUCUCUUCUCUACACUAUAGAGUUGAAACCGAGACACCAUCGCCAUUGUUGAUUCUUAAAGACACCGACCCAACAGACGAAGAGACAGUUUUUUAUCAUUGCAACAAGUGCUAUGAUUCAUAACUUACGUAUCAAUGAAUUGGCCAUAUUGUCCUGCUAACUGAAAUAAACAUGAUACAUAAAUUAUUCUGACGACAAAAACAGAAAUAAAACAAGUAUUAACACCAUCGCUUAAGAACGACCGAGAUGUACAAGGGGAUAUUGCCAUUUUCAGUAAUGAAAAAUUAUGAACAAAUUGUAAUUUUUAAACAAAAGAACUGGAAUCAAAGUUGUUAGGAACGAACAAUUAUAUGGUGAGGCGGUGUCAGCGUCUAAUCAUGGUGUGAGUUAGUGAUAUGCACUUGAUUUAAACAUUCAGAAAUCAGAACUGUCAGUGACAAGUCGGUAUGCUGUGGCCUUUCAACGAUCAUAUUGUCAUUUUUCAUAGUUUCAUUCUAUUUCCAUUGUAAUCAGUAUCCCGUCACUAUAAUAAAACUGCAUUUUUUUCUUAUUGAAUAAAUAUUCCUUUUGCACGCA